GCUGUCAACACACAUUAACACACUUGAAUGGCUGGGGAGAUUUACAAUGCCUAUAUGACUGUAACGGAAGUUCACAUGCAAGGCUAGACUCUGACACACCUCGACAGUUGUAGCUUGCAGUGUCCAGGUCUCAGUUCUAUCUUACUAUUGUAAAGCACACAUUUAUACAGCAUGAGUGACAACCUUGUGUCAUGUGACUGGCUGAAGAGUCAGAUUGAAGGGAGACAACCCAAUGAUCUCGUCGUCCUAGACGUGUCGUGGUCCAGCACCAAGGAUUGCCACAAGGAUUACCUCAAGGAACACAUUCCAGGAUCUGUGUUCUUCAAUGUAUUGGACUUGGCCGUCAACACUGAUCUCUAUCCUCGAAAUAUCCCCACCUUGGACGUCUUCCAGAAGGCAGCUAGGGACGCUGGCAUCAGCAACACCUCCCAUGUCGUCAUCUACAGCAACACCGACCACUGCAGCUUCUUCAUCUCAGGCCGCGCGUGGUGGACGUUCCAGAUAUGUGGACACCCAAAGGUGUCUGUCUUAAAUGGCGGCUUACAGAAAUGGAAGUCUCUAGGUUUCCCCACCACCGACACCAGGCCGGACAUCCGGGUCGGCAACUUUGAGGCUAAAUGGACCCGCACCUUGUACCGUACAUUUGAUGAGUUCAGUGAAGCCCUUUCAGGACAGAAGAUCCAAGUGUGUGACUCCAGGGGUUCCGACAAGUAUGCAGAGCACGGGCACAUUCCUGGAGCUCACAACAUCCCGCUGUCGUCACUGAUGGAUGAAGAGAAGAAAGAGAUGAAGUCCGUGGAGGAGGUGAAGAAAUUGUUUGCACAUGCUGGUGUGGACCUGACACAGCCUGUAGUCACCCACUGUAACAGUGGGAUGUCCUCCUGCUCGCUGGCCUUCGCUGCUCACCUGUGUGGCAACACUGAUGUCGCUGUCUUCCAUGGUGGAUUCACAGAGUGGAAGACGAAAGCUUCAGACAAGAUUGAGAAAAGCAGCUGAAUUCUUCCCCUCACAGUGACAACAUACUCACAUGCUGAAACCUGGCUGAUAAAAAAAUAGAAAUAAACUGUGUCAAGUGUAACUGAAAGUAUAUAUGAUGAUUGCAAUGGGUGCCAUGUGACUGUUAUAGAUAGACACUUGCGUCACACAACAGCUGGGGUUUAAAAUAGAUUUGAGGUGUCCAGUAUUUGAAGCGGCAUUUUGCGUGUACACUGACGAAACCAGCUGCUACGGGACGCCUCCAUAACCAGAAUGACAUCCCCACUAUUCAAGGGCAGCUCUCUUCUCCCAGCUGGCAUCAGUCUUUGUGGUUAUGUAUGUUGUUCUGUUUGAGACAUUCCGAUAUGUGAUUAAUAUAACCAGAGUUUAUACACUGCCAAAAUAUUCAGUUUUGAUAUUGAUAUGUUAUUGCCCUAGUAUUGCAUACAGCAACAUUUUCAAUUGUAUUCUUACACCAUUAUCAAGCUGGAGUGACAACAACCAAGUGAUGAGAGGUAUACAUGCAUGAUAUGUUGUGAUAAGCAGCAGAUUAACAUUGACAACAACAGGUAAUAGAUAACAAGUGGCCUACAGAUAACUUGAUGAAGCCACAUGUACAGUAGGAAUAACAAAUAUACCUCUCACCACUGGGUUCUUGUCACUCCAGCUGAUAGCGGUGGAAGAGUCUACAUUCAAACAUCACUCCAGCUGAUAGCGGUGUAAGAGUUGACAUUUGAACAUCACUUCAGCUGAUAGCGGAGUAAGAGUCGACAUUCAAACAUCACUCCAGCUGAUAGCGGAGUAAGAGUCGACAUUCAAACAUCACUCCAGCUGAUAGCGGUGUAAGAGUUGACAUUCAAACAUCACUCCAGCUGAUAGCGGUGUAAGAGUCUACAUUCAAACAUCACUCCAGCUGAUAGCGGUGUAAGAGUCUACAUUCAAACAUCACUCCAGCUGAUAGCGGUGUAAGAGUCUACAUUCAAACAUCACUCCAGCUGAUAGCGGUGUAAGAGUCUACAUUCAAACAUCACUAUAUGCAAUAGAGUUGUAUGCUUUCCUACUUACUCACCAGCUUCUAGAAUGACAAUCAAACAGUGAGGGAAUUAUCAUAUAGGAUCAUAUAUAGCAUCAUACAUCUGAGGGCGGUGGGGUAGCCUUGUGGUUAAAGUGUUUGCCUGUCACACCAAAGAUCCACAUGGGUACAAUGUGUGAAGCUCAUUUCUGGUGUCCCCCACCAUGACAUUGCUGGAAUAUUGCUGAAAGCGGUGUAAAACCAUACUCACUCACUCAUACAUCCCAGAAGCGUUGCACAGGGAAACCCCUGGACCCAUGCAGUGUAUACUUGUUGUUGGGCGAGGUGACUCAAUUAAUUGGGAGCUCAGACUCUGUAUCUUGGUGGAUAGCUCGUCAUCAUAUGCUGAUGGCAGAUAUUGUUGCCUGUAACAUCAAUAACUUGAUUGUUUAGCUUCUUGAGAUUUCUUGUGCAGAGGAUUUCUGUAUUGAGUGGAAGUGACACAGGUUCUUUUGAAGGUUGAAGGAUGAUUGUGUCCUGAUGGCAGUAGGAUUGCACGACGCUGAGAAAGUCAAAGUCCAAGCAGCCACUCUUAACCAUGUUACAGAUGUUCUAUAGUUUUAUUUUAUUGUCUAUAAUUGUUGUGGCAACUCAUUUUAUAACUAACAUCAAUAAAAAAAGUAUAUUUUUC